AACGCACCCCUGCACAGCACACUCUCUCUCUCUCUCUCUAACUCCUACCUCACCUCCGUAGCCUCUCGCGGGCCACAGUCACCAUUUCCUCCGACCACGGCGGGCUUUUCCCGCCAACCCAAAUGAACCAUAGCCGGUCCCGACGAAAUCCGACCCGCGAACCGGAUUUCCCCACCGCCAAACCUCCCUCUCCAGGCGGCAGUUCCGGCGGCGGAGCCGGCGCAGCCAUGAGGCUCAUAGUCCCCUUACAAGGGGUGGUCCAAGGCCGUGGUGGCCUUAUUCUUGGCUCUGUCAUUCCCGGUGCCCUAUACUACUUCUUCCAACUCUAUCUAAAACGGUGUCGUUCCGCUAAACCUAAUUCGAAUCCACCGUCGCCGUCGUCUCCCUCGGCGCAGCUCGCAGACCUCUCCCGGUCGUCGUCGCGGUCCAAUUUGUCUAGCCGUGGAUCGGUGGGCCCGGUUCGGGUCUCGGCUAGGGCCAAUUCGAUUGCCAAGCCAAAUGCUUCGCCGUAUUACAUUGGGUUGGAGAGGGCUUCCGAGGAUCCAUACGAUCGUUUCGAUAAUCCGGAUGGUAUUAUGCAGCUUGGAUUGUCGGAGAAUAGGUUGUCGUUGGAUUUGAUUGAGACAUGGAUUUUGGAGAAUUUGGAGCGCUCAAUGAUUGGAGGGGCUGACGGAAAUUUGAAUAUUAGUGGAAUCGCGACGUAUCAGCCGUUUGAUGGAAUGAUGGAGAUGAAAAUUGCUGUGGCAGGUUUCAUGUCUCAGGUCAUGGGAACGACUGUCUCAUUUGAUCCAUCACGACUUGUAUUAACAUCUGGUGCAACUCCUGCCAUUGAGACACUUUGUUUCUGCUUGGCUGACCAAGGGAAUGCAUUUCUUGUUCCCACUCCAUAUUACCCAGGUUUUGACAGGGACAUGAAAUGGCGAACUGGUGUGGAGCUAAUACCUGUUCACUGUCGCAGUUCUGACAACUUUGCCUUAAGUGUUACUGCUCUUGAUCAAGCAUUUAAUCAGGCAAGAAAGCGUGGACAAAGAGUCCGUGGAAUUCUCAUCUCGAACCCCUCAAAUCCUAUUGGCAAUAUGCUAAACAAGGAAACCCUGUACAGUCUUCUAGACUUUGCCAGAGAGAAGAACAUCCAUAUAAUCUCUGAUGAAAUAUUUGCCGGAUCCACUUAUGGAAGUGAGGAGUUUGUUAGUAUGGCAGAGAUUCUAGAGUCAGAAGAUUUUGACAAGGACAGGGUUCAUAUAAUAUAUGGGCUGUCCAAAGACCUUUCUCUUCCGGGUUUUAGAGUCGGGGUUAUCUAUUCCUUCAACACCAGUGUUUUGGCUGCUGCUAAAAAGUUAGCGAGAUUUUCUAGUGUUUCAGCUCCAACACAGCGGAUACUAAUUUCAAUGCUUUCAGAUACAAGAUUCAUCCAAAGAUAUAUUGAGACCACUAGAGAGAGGAUACAGAAAAUGUAUGUUGCUUUUGCAGCUGGUUUGAAACAAUUGGGAAUUGAGUGCACCAAGAGCAGUGCUGGUUUAUACUGUUGGGCUGAUAUGAGUGGAUUAAUUCGCCCUUACAAUGAGAAAGGAGAGCUUGAGUUAUGGGAUAAGCUGUUGAAGAUUGGUAAGAUCAACGUAACUCCUGGGUCAGCCUGCCAUUGCAUAGAACCAGGAUGGUUCAGGUGUUGUUUUACUAUGUUAGCUGAGGAAGAUAUUCCUGUGGUUAUCAAACGGAUUCAGAGAGUUGUUGAAACUUGAAACUUGAACUCAAACUAAGCUCCCUCAUCUAGUGAUUCGUCUGUAAGAGAUCAAAAUUUCAAUGGUUUUGGAAUUGCAGAUUGAUAUGCACAGCUUCUGACUUGUGGUUCAAAAGUGAAAAAAAAUCCAAGCAUAGUUGUCUUGAAGUUGCAUAUUUUGAAAUGAAGUUGCAUUGACAGACUUGUAAAUUCUUUACAUCCUCAUGUCCCAGAGGUCAUACAUUGAAAUGAGUGAAAAGAGUGGCUUGAUGGUAGAAGGGGUGUUUUGUCUACACCAGUUUGAGUCUCGGUUGUCUCUUUUUGCCAAGCAAUCCUCCAAUCCUGCUGCCACCAGUUCCAAAGAUCCAGCAUCCAAAAGCUCUCUUCUUUGUGAAUCCCUGCCAUCAUUGCAAUCAGGCAAGAGUAAAAGUUGUUUCUAAGUUUCUGGUGCAAAAUAGCAAAUACUUAGGUGUGUGAUUAUUAUUAUUAUUAUUUUUUUAAUCUUAGAGCCAUAGGAGUUGAAUAGAAAUGUUUAAUUUAUGCUUUCUUGAUUUGGAGAUGUUUUAGCUGUUGAUUGAAUGUACUUCCCAGUUCCUUUUGUAGAAUAAAGAGACAUAAUGUAGUUGGAGGUAAUAAAUGUCAUUAAAAGAAUUGAGAGCUGGCAAAUUACCACUGA